AUUAGGUGUCUUAUCUCCGGUGAGUGCACUAGCAUCAGAUGAAGCUUGCUGACAGCGUAAUGGCAGGCAAAACCUCGGAAGGCUCCAUCAAAUGGCAGCUCUGCUACGACAUCUCGGCCAGGACUUGGUGGAUGGAUGAAUUCCAUCCUUUCAUCGAAGCCCUGCUGCCCCACGUGCGCGCGUUCGCCUACACAUGGUUCAACCUGCAGGCCCGCAAGAGAAAAUACUUCAAGAAGCACGAGAAGCGCAUGUCCAAGGAAGAGGAGCGCGCCGUGAAGGACGAGUUGCUCAGCGAGAAGCCAGAGGUCAAGCAGAAGUGGGCGUCGAGGCUCCUGGCCAAGCUCCGCAAGGACAUCCGGCCCGAGUUUCGGGAGGAUUUUGUGCUCACCGUAACCGGGAAGAAACCCCCGUGCUGCGUGCUCUCCAACCCUGACCAGAAGGGCAAGAUGAGAAGGAUCGACUGCCUUCGUCAGGCGGACAAAGUCUGGCGGUUGGACCUGGUCAUGGUGAUUUUAUUCAAAGGUAUUCCCCUCGAAAGUACUGACGGCGAAAGGCUGGUCAAAUCUCCGCAGUGCUCUAACCCUGGGCUGUGCGUGCAGCCUCACCACAUUGGAGUUUCAGUAAAGGAGCUCGACCUAUACUUGGCCUACUUUGUGCAUGCAGGUAAGUCCAAUUUAUGUUGUUUUGCUUUGCCUCCUCUUUCCUGA